AUGCAGGCCGACAUUGCAAAUACUUCAUAUGUCAAUACUGUGCGAAGUGUUCAGAUACCUUCACGAAGAACAUACCGUUACGUGUUUUCCCAACCGCUCAAAUCCGAGAAGCCUUACCUUCUCUUUCUGCACGGAUUUCCAGAGUCGUCUUAUGGUUGGAUAAACCAGAUCGAGUACUUCAAACGGCAUGGUUAUGGUAUCAUCGCGCCAGAUAUGCUAGGCUAUGGUGGCACGGAUAACCCUACUGACUUGGAAGCCUUCAAGCUGAAGACCAUAAGCUCCGAGCUAGUAGAUCUUCUAGAUUGUGAAGGGAUUGGCCAGGUGGUCGCUAUCGGACACGAUUUUGGAUCUUCCGCAGUCAGCGCCUUGCAAUGGUACAAUCCAGACCGCUUGCUGGGUCUGGCUUUCAUGAGUCUCGGCUAUUUUAGUCCUGGCCUAGACCUACCUUUGGCUGCUAUUGAAGCUUUGAACAAUCAGUCAGAGACCUUCUUUAGUUAUCCUGCGCUCGGAUAUUGGCCCUUUCACAAUACUGAUGAAGCCACUACAGCUUACGACAAUCAUCUUGAUUCUGUCUACACCCUCUGGUACACUAACAAUGAGACAUAUCAACGGCAGUACCUUGCGCCCUACAACGCUUUGGAAACCUGGCUAUCUGAAGAUCGCCAAGCACCAUACGGCGGCGCAUACAUAUCCGAGGUAACCAAAGCACAAUGGAAAUCUAUUGUCGAACGUCAAGGAGGACUCAGUGGCGGUCUAAACUGGUACAGAGCGAAUCUUCAAGGUGUCAAUAGCGCCGACGCAGCCGCUCUACGGUCUGUGUCUCCAACUAUUUUGAAGCCCACCCUUAUAAUAGUCGGAAAUGAUGAUCCAGUCGCCCAGCCAAGCGUACAAUUGAACAACACGCUUCCUUUUGCGCCGCGCGCCCGCAUCCGAACUCUUGACGCGGGACACUUUGUUCCACUACAGGCAGUUGAGGAAGUCAAUUACGAAUUGCAUGAGUUUUUAAAGACUUUUACUUAA